UUAUGUGGUAUUUAUAAUGAGGGUCGCAUACGGUCACAUUGCGCAGAAUGUGGUAAUAAGUUGAUAUUUUGUUUUGAAUAAUGUCAUUGCUAUUGGGCGCCUGCCGGCGAUUUAAAUAUGGUUACAUGCAUGCGAGAUUUGCCUCUACAGAACUAUCAGCAGCAGCAACAGCUGCCACACAGCUUUCCAAUGCUAGCGGCAUGGUUGGCUUCUGGCAGACAUUAUCCAACAGCACGCCGGUGGCCUAUAUGCAGGAUGCACUCAUUCAAAUACAUGAUUAUAGUGGAUUACCCUGGUGGUCGGCAAUAGUGCUGUCAACUUUUCUGUUUCGGAGCGUAGUGACAUUGCCUUUGACAAUUUAUCAGCAUAGAAUAACAGCACGCAUAGAAGGGAUUGCUCUGGAAAUGCCGGCCAUAGUAGAGGAACUGAAGAGGGAGGCGGCGAGGGCCAAGCAGAAAUUCAAGUGGAGCGACAAGCAAACGGCAGUUGUCUACAGAAGAUCGAUCAAGAAACAAUGGCAACAGCUCAUUAUACGUGAUAAUUGCCAUCCCAUGAAGACAAUCAUUGUGCUCUGGGGACAAAUACCUUUGUGGAUUUGCCAAUCGGUUGCCUUGCGUAAUUUAGUUUAUAUGCUGCCCGAUCCUACAACGCUGCAGGCACAAAUCGUAGCCACAGAGCUGACCAUUGGCGGCUUUGGUUGGAUUCCAAACCUGACAGUUGUGGAUGGAUCUUACAUACUGCCUGUUGCACUUGGUCUCAUCAAUUUGGCCAUCAUUGAGGUGCAGACGAUGACGCGUACGCGUCCACAAACACGUCUGCAGAGCAUAGCUAAUAAUGUCUUUAGAGGAUUGAGUGUGCUAAUGGUGCCCAUUGCUUGUACUGUACCGUCAGCUCUUUGCGUCUAUUGGGUGGCUUCCAGUUCCUUUGGCUUGGCACAAAAUCUGCUGUUGCUUGCGCCGGAAGUGAGGCGAGCCGUGGGCAUUCCCAAGACGCAAACAGAGCUCGAUCAGCCAUACGAUCAGCUCUGGCUGAAGAUACAAAAGCGUGCCAGAAUCUUAGAAGAGUCGCCGGCUGACAAGUCGACUAACAAGUGAGCGCCACUUGUCUUAUAUAUUGUAUAUAUAUCAUUCUGUUAAGUUUGCUUAGUUCGUUUAUUUGUCAUGUAAAUAGAGAGAGUUUGUAGACAAAGCCACGCGACUGCAUCAUCGUAAAUCAUUGGUUCAUCCAUGCAGACUCAUCCAGUUUUCUAGAAAUAAAUUGUGUGAAAUUCCCCCAAAA